GGAAAAGGAAAAGCAUGGUGUAAAUAAAGAACGAGAGAAAGGAGCUUUGGUCUUCCUUCUCCGCUUCCUGUUCUCGAGUUCUCAGGGAGCGGAAGAAGGGAAGGGCGGGUGGCUGAGGAGGCAGUGAGAGAUGGGCCUCGGGAUCUUCCUCCUCUCCUUCUUCUUCCUCGCUGUGCUACUUGAUUCAGCCAGAUCUGGUGAUACAACCGGUCAGCUUCUUCGAGGUAUCAACGAUUACAGAGUCUCCCUCAACCUUUCAUCACUAACAGAGAACGAGAAUGCAGAUUGCUUGGCUGCACAGCUUGCAUCAGCAUUCAAAGGCCAAGACUGCAGCAACACCACUGGAUCAGAUACCGUUCCCGGCACGGAGGAGCAGUUCCCCGACUUCCCUGAUUAUUUGACCGCAUGUCAUCUAAACGCGACGGUGACGAGAGACGGGUUCAUAAUGCCAGCUUGUGUGCCGGACUUGGCGCCUGAUCUUGUCUUGGCCAACUACACCAAGUCUCAAUACAACCAGAAGCUGAACGACAGCAGCUAUGCCGGAAUCGGGAUUGCUGAGGAAGGCAACUGGGUUGUUGUAGUUUUGACCACAAAUACGGCCACCGGAAACUAUGCUUCAGCUGCAGAUGCAAGCGCUGGUUCGUUCAUUUCAGUUGCUGAUCACAACUAUGUGACGCUGUUGCUGCUGGGUUUCGCCAUUUACCUGGUCGGCUAAGUUCUUUUCAUGUGUGACAGUGGAAGUGUUCUUUUUUUUUUC